CGCGAUCUACGGCCACCGCCGUCUGCUCCUUCAACCCCUGGUCCCGCGAGCCACAGUUUCAGCUGCGUCGUCACCGCCCGAGCGCCCUCAUAGCCGGCCGCCCAUCUUUCGACAGCCUUCGUCGAGUCUCAAGAAGCAAGUUCUGCAGGGGACAAGAGAUUAAGAUCAAGAGCUUGGAGAACAAUGCUGGACGGGUUGGAAGACCUCGUUUCUGCCCCACCAUCCUUACUCAGGAGUCAUCCAGGAACCAGGGACAAAGAUGCUGCUCGACUUGUCCACCACCUCUUUCAGAAGCGGAUUGGCUCAACGUCCCUUCGCCCUGAGCGAAUCACCGCACCUACAGACGAGAGGCUUGCAAGCCUCCCUGCGUGAUCCGUACCUUUUCUUGCCGUGCCCGGGCAGAAGCGAAAGCCUAGUUGCCAUGAGACCAGCUUCCCGGAUAUCUGUCGCCACCACUGAGGCUGAGUGCCUACUCUUUCUCUGCUGACCAUCACCUUGCUUGUUGGGCAAGCCUCGCUUCCAUGAUCAAUGACCUUGGACUCCCAAAUUGUGUGCAUGGGGCGCGGGGUGUACGGCUGUCGUUCGCUUAUCUCUUGUUUGGAUGCAGGGUCUAUUUCUUGUCAACCUUGACUGCCUGCGAAUGUCAAUGACAGGGUCACUUUUCUCGGUUUAAGCUAUUUCUGCAACACACCACUACCCUGGUGAGAUUGAGGUGUCUUGCGCGAGGGUGUGCUGCUACUUCCCCCAAGCAAAGCAGAAUGGAAUUUCUGUCCUUCACAAGAUUGGUCAUAUUGGUUGGGGCGUCGUCAUUGAUUGAUCUCCAACCACUGUGUUUGCUGUUGGUAAACAGCAAAUUCGCAUUCUGUCUCGUGGUCCCAGGGCCCGGCCAAGGAGUUUGGAAUCCUGCUGAAAAGCAAACUGUACCUUGGUUUCCAACUCCUGUGAACGCGUCCAAACUCACAUAUUCAGCCAGAAGGCCGUUGCUGUCCAGCCAAGAGAAUGUCGCUGGUGGAGUUCCCAUCGCACCCAAGUGUGCGGAAAGCGUAUCAUUCUGAGGCGCCUUGCCUCAAAAGAGAAGCAGACUGUAUCGAAAUGAUAUGGUCCUGUGCCCUCCUGCAAAACCGAGAUGUGCCCCUUCUUCACCCUGCAGCAGCUAUUCAUGACCACAAAGCGAUUUACCCUCCUAGACCACAUGAACAGAGCUUUGGCCAAGAACUCGGACGGAUUUUACCUGAAAGCCAAUUCGCUUUUACUGCUCCAGGCCCAUACUUCCGCUUCCAGCUCGACCCCGCUGUGCCUGUGAUCGAUGCAGGGUCACAAUCUGUGCUGCUGAUGGUCUGGCUAUGCUUUGGCGCGGCAUAUUGCGAAAGAAAGACCGGCUUUCCUGACACCCACGUCGAGGCCCCCAUCUUGUUAUUCAGACUGCCUGUGCCUAAAUCCCGCGAGGCCAGAAUCUCCACGGGUUGCAUGGUAUCUAAGAGCCUGCAAGACCCAGGUUUGCUUCUCCUUCAAACUGCAGCUUGAGCCUACUUCCAGUCAGCCAGGAUCUUCUUCUGAGGAAUCUCCUCAGCACGUGGAACUGUCAGUAUAAAUUGAUAAAUUCGCCCACUCAUUCCAAUCCGAAUCUUUCGUCGAGACAGAAGCUCCGGCCAGAUUUCCUUUGUCACAAGAGGAAGUCGAAUGGUUGAACUGUUUGUACCCUCUCUGUGAAAGCGUGGAUCUUCAAGAGGAAUGCUCUACACCUACCACAUAUGCCACACGAAUUCUGGAACAUGCCUCAACCAUUGGGAAAGGGAGAACCUCAUACCAAUCCACAUUACAAGUGUGGAAAGGAUGCCUCUCAUCCACGGCCUUCCUGCUCGGAUCCUGGUUCCUUCCAUGGACUUCUCCCACACCGUGUACCAUCUGCGUCACUAUAUUCUGGGGAGAUGCUGAUGCAGCAGGCCUCGAAUUUCUUUCAGCCAUCCCUUAUUUAUGCAGACGCAAUCGACGAAGAAAUUCACUUCAUGAUCGAGCCUGAACGCCGCUCCGCUCCCUCGCCAAUAGAAUAUGGUGAUUGGCUCUUUGAACAGUCUCGUCUUCACCCCCCAGCACUGCUUCCACCGGCACCACAAUUAGUUCGGCCCCCAUCAAACACAUGCAAGGUCGAAUGUCGAUUAUUAUCACCAGAGCCAUCGGCUUUGUAUCAGGAAAUGAAUACAAACUCGACCUCGACGGCGAAGAAUGAAUUGCUGGAGCAGUUGACUGCGCAAGUUGGAGAUAUCUCAAUAGAACCCGAGGGUCUGUCCACGGUUCCAACAAGUCCAAUCACCCUAGUUCCGUCUCUGACGAAUUCGCGUCAUUCUCGCUCAUCCUUUUCCAUAUCUGAAGGUUCCCCUUGCACAGCUGCCGGUUCUCCCAAGAACUACUUUGAAAGUUUUCUGCCGCACAAUUCUCACGGUGCUGUGGCAUCUCCUAAGAUGACAUAUGAGGCCAGCGUCGGUUCUGGCAUCUACAGCAUCAACCCGCCGCCGCAAUCAAAUCCUCGCCUGUUCCAGGAUGGCCAGCUUUGUUGGACACCUCAGCCCACGAAUCUCUCGAGUGGCUCCAAAUACCCACCAGCGCAGCAUUUGCCAAAUUCAGACGAUAGUACUACCACGACCCAGUUGCCUCAAGGUUUUGAAGGACAUAAAGAAGUGUCUUACAUUGAUUGGGACGACGAGGACGACCGCAGACGCCACUAUUCACCGCUCUUGCGGAUUAAGAAAAGUUUUACUGAUCUUCGUGCCGCCGAACGCUUCAUCGCGGACGCCAAUGCCCGCAUGAGAAUCAAUUUGAGUCAACGCAAAGAGGCCAAAUGGGACGUUCCCAACGCGCAACGCCAUGAAGCAUAUGACGCAUACCAGAUAUCUGGACGCCAUCGGCAACCCACCCACAGUGCUCAAAGUACGCCCUUGCCGGUGAGGGAAGAGAACAGUCUGACCCGGUUUUCGUCCAAGCUGCGGAAAAGGCCCAACGCCAAUUUCCGCUCCCACGGUCAACCCAGAGUAACAGCUCUGGUGGGGAUGUCACAACAGAGAGCUGACAAAGGGAUUGAAAGCACACGGUCGGAUGGUAUUUUGUCAGCGCCGCCACGAGACACCGCUAUACCUCCAACACCACCUUCGACGGGGAAGAGGAAACGCGCCAAUACCAUGACAUCCGAGCGGUCGAGGGAAGUGCAGAAGAAGAAGGUCAAGCUUGGUGUUGUCGGGAAGCUGGUGACGCGACUUCUCGUGUCCAAGAGAGAGCGUUGACGGAGUAUUUUGUCUUUAAUAUUCAACCGAACAGAGACGCUGGCAGUAGGGAUGGGGUCAACGCUGUAGUCCAACGGCGUCUUUGGGAUACCGGCAGGAAAUCUUUCGGUUCUAUAUGUCCCAAAAGUGACGGAUGAGGCUUUCGAAUUGGUGUUUGGCAUUCCGAGCAUUUGGAGCAGGUUGCAUGGGUGAGGCUUGGUGAGGAACGAGAGGUUCGUCUUGCUCGUGGAACGGACUCUUGAAAGCACCCGGCAUUCUACAUGAUGUGUGAACGAUUACGGCUGAAUGACGGGGUAAAGACCUAGAGAUCCUUCUGAGGGAUACGAUAUGGGGCAUGAUAACUAGAGUGAUUGACUGAUUUGGGGAUGGUCCUCGACACACCGGCAUGAUAUGCGAGAGCAAGGGCGAAUAAAGUAGCGUGGUCGACAAACGCGAAGACGCUUCAGAGCUCAAAGUCGAGAUGUGGACAACUACAAUGACUUGAUUUUGAUUCCCAAGCCCCAGCUCUCUUGCAUAUCCCGA